CCGCUUACGAGUUACCAUGUGUGGCAGCAGUAAGUCAUAUCCUUAUGAGCGGGGCAUGGCGCUGGUCACACAAGCAACAAGCCGUCUCGUGAACUUUUAUAAUUUGUUUCAUGUACUUAACAAUGUACCCAAAGGGGCCGGUGCUCCACACCGACUUGACUCAGAAAGGUGAGGAAUUUGCUCGAGAAAUUGCUCAAAUUAAAGAAAAACAAAACGUACUGGAAAGAAAAAAUGAGUCCAUAAGUAGCAGCAGAGAGCAAAUGACACCAGAGAGUUUGUCGCAAAUGGUCGACGCGUUUGAACGUCAGCUUGGUAUGUAUGACGUCAGAAUCGCCGAAAUGGAUCGGCGCUUUCAGAUUCUUGAAACUACGAGUUACUCAGGCUCCCUUAUUUGGAAAAUUCGAGAUUUUUCUCGCCGCAAGAGGGAAGCAGUAAGCGGUCGAGCGUUGUCUCUCUACAGUCAACCAUUUUACACGAGUCGUUAUGGAUACAAGAUGUGCGCUCGUGUUUAUCUCAAUGGAGAUGGAAUGGGCAAAGGAACACACAUGUCGCUUUUUUUCGUGGUCAUGAAAGGAGAAUACGACGCACUGCUAACCUGGCCGUUCAGACAAAAGGUAACACUGAUGCUACUGGACCAAGGAAUGGACCGACGUCAUUUGUCCGACACAUUCAGACCGGAUCCUACGUCAUCGUCCUUCAAGAAACCAACUUCCGACAUGAACAUCGCUUCUGGAUGUCCAUUGUUCGUAGCACACAACGUCAUAGAGGGCAGUUCUUACGUCAAAAAAGACACAAUCUUUUUGCGUAUUCACGUGGAUAUGUCGAAGCUCGAACAAUUUUAGCAAAGAAAUUUCAUGUGCUGUUAAUCUUGGAUGCAAUCCAGUGUGUCUGGGGUUCUGAUAUAAACGUGCCUUAUAUGUAUACAUGGGAAAACAAUUUAUUUUAAGCAGUGCUAAAUUUUAUUUGGUGCUUUUGCUGCAUGUGUAUCUCAAGCUUGUUAUUAAGGUUUUCAUUAUAAUUUCAGAGUCUACUUUUCUAUUUAAAUAAAAAACGUUUCCCACUGCCGAUAUUGCCGCAUAAUUAACCAGCAUUUUAAGUUACAGUUAUAACGUAAUGUUAAUAUCUCUGCCACAAUAUAGAUGCAACACUCGACACCCUACCUGCUAAAUGCUGUGUGCAUUUGGAAAAUAAAGCAGUUGGUAAAAUGGUCAACUUGUUUUACACUCGCGAUAUAAGCGAAACUUGUUAGAACUUACACUCGGAUAAUAAAUGCAUAGUAAGAACGA